AUGAACAAAAUUUUGCAAAGUGCUUCCGAAAGAGAGCUUCAGAAACAAAUGGAUAGUGACAUGAUGAUACUAAUAAUGGACACAUCGAACAUGAUCAGGGAGGAGCUUGAAGUUGUUAUGGCGAUGAAAGCCAACGUAAAAAACGUUAUGUUAAGUAGAUCAGCACCCACAUUCGUCGCCUUCAACCAUCGCAAUCGACUGCAAUCAAAUCGUCACCAACCUUCCUUCUGCGACACCAAGCUAAUCGGGAAGAUUAUAAGGAUGAUGAGUGGAACUAUCAGGCGGAAGGCUUUGUCUCUGUGCUCAUCUGCAGUGGCUAAUAAUGCAUUUGGAAGAGGAUCAAAACUAGUACCUGAAAUUCAUCAAGGUGCUCCUGUUUAUUCAAAAGCCUUAAGGGACGUAUCAUCGUUUAAAACUGAUUUUCUAACCCCAAAAUGGGUUAGAUCUUUUUCUUCACACAGUGGGCCCACAGUUUGUGGUGAUAUCAGUGAACCAAUUGCCCAAAUUCAAACAGAUAAGGUAAUGGCACACAAGGCCCCUGGUUAUUUUACUGCAUCUGGUGCUGUGGUUGGAAGUGUUUUAACUGCUCCCAUUGUAAAUGCUCCACAGGCGGCUAAACUAGGGUUGGGUUCAACAGCGACUUCAACUUUCGUACCAAAUCUUGCUCUGUUUUGGCAUAUAAACAAUGGAAUUGAAGAGAUUUUGGCGGAUUAUGUUCACCAUGAGAUGACUCGCAGCUUAGUCUUGGUCUUAAUGAGGCUCUUCCUCAUAGUUGCAGCCAAAGAUGUUUUCGUCGCCACAAAUUGAUACAUUUCCAUAUGGCUGUCACUUUUGUUUUUGAAAAAACCCGAAUAAAGAUUGGUCCUAGAAGUUAGGGAAUCUUGGGCUACUAUCAUCUAUUUAGCUGAUGGAAUGUUUUUGAUUGCUUUUGUUGUUCAUUUGAAGCUUUGCUUUUAGUUUUUCUAAUGCUUUCUCUUUGGCUGUGUUUGUGUUUGUUACAUGGAUAAGGAGAUGGUAUUUAUGUCUUUUGCACAAAUGAUCGAGAGAUUGUGAGUAUGUUUUGUCCCUUCUUUUUGGCUAGACAAAAGAAAAAGUUGCAAUUUUGAACACGAC